GGGUCGCGCCGCGGCUUCCGGCCGGAAAGCCAAUGAAACGCAGCUCCGAGCGCCGGCCUUCACCGCUCCGCCCGCGCCUGCGCCCUCCGCGGGCCAAAAGCCGCGGCGCCUGACCAGAAAAAUACCUCCUAGCUGCCUGGUUUAGGAGAGGUUGUGAAAGACGACGAACAUCUUUGCCUUUGUAUAGCAUACUGUGUUUCCUGCUUGGAUUGGAUUUUUUUUUUUUUAGACAGAUUUUCGCUCUGUCUCCAGGCUGGAUUGCAAUGGAGUGAUCUCGGCUCACUGCAAUCUACGCCUCUCGAUUCAAGCCAUUCCCCUGCCUCAGUCUACCGAGUCAUGCCCCAGUCAAUACCUAAAAUGUCAUCUAAAUUUUAUCUCAGAGCCUAAAUCAAUCUCGAAGGGAAGGAGAGAGAAAAGAAGAAAAAUCAUUACCUACAGCACUUGAGAGAAGGAUAAGAACUGAGAAACAGUUCAAGAAUGACCUACAGCCAUCUGGUCUUCAACACAAUUGACAAAAACAAGCAAUGGCAAAAAAUUCCCUAUUCAAUAAAUGGUGCUGGGAUAACUAGCUAGCCAUAUACAGAAGAUUAAACUGGACUCCUUUCUUAUACCAUAUACAAAAAUCAACUCAAAAUGGAUUAAAGACUGAAUUGUAAAACUAAAACUAAAAACCUUGGAAAGUAACCUAGGAAAUACCAUUCUGGGCAUAGAAUCUGGCAAAAAUUUGUCAUCAUGAGAAUGCCAAAAGCAAUUGCAACAAAAACAAAAAUUGACAAAUGUGACCUAAUUAAAGAAUUUCUGCACAGCAAAAUAAACUAUCAACAAAGUAAGCAGACAACCUACAAAAUGGGAGAAACUAUUUUAAAACUAUGAAUUUAACAGAGGUCUAAUAUCCAGAAUCUAUAUGGAAUUUAAACAAAUUAAUAAGCAAAAAACAACCUCAUUAAAAAGGCAAAGGACAUAAACACUUCUCAGAAGGAGAUAUAUAUGUGGCCAAGAAGCAUAUAAAAAAAUGCUCAACAUCACUCAUCAUUACAGAAAUGCAAAUCAAAACCACAUUAAGAUACCAUCUUACACCAGACAGAAUGAGUAUUAUUAAAAAGUCAAAAAACAACAGAUGCUGGCAAGGUUGCAGAGAAAAGGAACACAUAUACACUGCUGGAGGGAAUGUAAAUUAGUUCAGCCAUUAUAGAAAGCAGUUUGGUAAUUUCUCAAAGAACACAAAGCGUAAUUAUGUUUUGAACAGCCAUUAUAGAAAGCUGUUUGGUGAUUUCCAAAAGAACAUAAAGCAAUCCCAUUAUUGAGAAUAUAUCCAAAGGAAUAUAAAUCAUUCUACUAUAAAGACACAGCACUCCCAUGUUUAUUGCAGCACUGUUCACAAUAUCAAAGAUGUGGAAUUUUCCCUAAGUGCCCAUCAACAGUAGACUGGAUAAAGAAAAUGUGUUACAUAUACACCAUGGAAUACUAUGCAACCAUAAAAAAGAACAAGAUCGUGUCCUUUACAGCAAUAUGGAUGGAGCUGUACGCCAUUAUCCUAAGUAAACCAACACAGGAACAGAAAACCAAAUAUCACAUGUUCUCACAAGUGGAAGCAAAACACUGAGUAAAUAUGGACACAAAGGAGACAGCAGACACUGGAACCUACUUGUGGGUGGAGGGAGAGAGAGGAGAGUAAGGAUUGAAAAACCACCUGUCACAUACCAUGCUUUUUACCUGGGUGGAGAAAUAAUCUGUACACCAAACUGCCAUGACACACAAUUUACCUAUAUUACAAACAGACACAUGUACCCCUGAACCUAAUGCAAAUUUUUUUUUAAAUGGCAAGUAAAAGAUAGAUAAAACUUAAAACUGGAAGCCAUAUACAGCAUCCUCCAGAACUGGGAGAUAAAUUGAGGCUAGGUGUCUGAGAAACCAGGUUAUCCAGUGAUUCUUACUAUCUCUUUUCCUUUUACUCUGAAGAAGUGCUUCAACGUACAAGUGUGCUAUUUUUUCUCCAUUUAAAAAAAAAAUUAUCAACCCCCAUUACUGCACCAUUUCUUUCCUUUGCUUUAGAGCAGAACUCCUUAAAAGAAAUGACUGUUGAUACUCACUUAAGUGAUUCAAGUUUCAGCUCUUAGGAACAAUACUGCAAUUAACACUGUUAUAUAUUCUCCUGAUAUGUAUAUGCUAAAGUUUCUCUUGGAUAGAUACAAGGAAAUGACAUUGCUGGAUCAUAGAAAUAUGAGUCUUCCAUUUUUCAAAAUAAUCCCAAGGUAUUUUCCAAUGGUUAAACAAAUUUGCACUCUAUUCAGCAAUACACCGUUGAAUAGAUCUCUCCAAUACUUAGUACUGUCUGUCUCAAUUUUUGUCAGGCAAAUAGGUGUAAAGAAUUAUCUCACUAGUGUUUAUUUAUAACAGCAGUGUUCACAAUAGACAAAAGGCAGAAACAGCCCAAAUGUCCAUCAUCUGAUGAAUGAAUAAACAAAUGUGAUCUAUCUAUACAAUGGAAUUACUCAGCAAUAAAAAAGAAGAAAGUGGGAAAGGGAAGAUGAUGGUUAGGAGACAGGGCUGAUGUGCAGUUCCCACUGGAUGGACAGAACAGUGUGUGGAGAUUCAUACCAUGAAUUUUGCUCCAGGAACCACUGUGGGAGCAUAUCAGGAAAACCAAAACAAAUCACAGAUCCUUUAAAAUAAGUGGCAGGCCACUGCAAAUUCUACAAGACAGGUGAAAAACUCUGGUGCUGCCUCAAAAGCACCACCUCCUGGCUGGAGGCCAACCAGUUUAGGACAUUACUGCAAUUCAUGACUGAACAACCCUGAUGGGAGGAAGGAGAAAACAAUAGCUAAUUCCACUGCCUGCAACAUCCUGGCUAACCAGUGGUUCUGAAUCUGUCCACCUGACAACUUCAUUGCUGGCAUACACAGCAUUUGAGAAAACAGGCACACUAAACAUAUCUACAACCAAGGACUCUCACAGAGUCUGUGUCACUCCGCUACCAUCUCCACCAGAACAUGUGCUGGUAUCCACAUCUGGUAGACCUAAAAACUAAUUGCAUCACAGGACUCUUCUCAGACAUUCUCCAGCACCAGCCCAGAGCCUGUUAGCCCUGCUAGAUGGCCAGACCCAGAAGAACAAUAACAAUCACUGAAGUCUGGCUUGCCAGAGCCCCAUCUUUAGGGGAAGGGGGAGUGCACCACAUCAAGGGAUCACCCUGUGGGACAAAAGAAUCUGAACAGCAGCCCUUGAGUUUCAGAUUGUUCCACUGAAAUAGUCUACACAAAUCAGCAGGAAUCAGAAAAGUUAUUCUGAUAUUAUGACAAAACAAGUUUCUAUAACACCCCCAAAAAACUACACUAGCUCCCAGCAACGGAUCCAAAGCAACAAGAAAUCUCAGAAUUGCCAGAUUAAAAAUUCAGAAGGGUGAUUAUUAAACUACUCUAAAAGAUAACAGAGAAAGAAAUUUUAAAAAACAAUACAGAGUAUGAAUGAAAAAUGCUCCAGAGAAAUAGAUAUCAUAAAGAAAAAACAAUCACAAUACUUGGAAAUGAAAGACACACUUAGAGAAAUACAAAAUGCACUGGAAAGUUUCAACAAUAGAAUCAAACAAGUAGAAGAGCUUCAGAGCUCGGAGACAAGGCUUUCAAAUUAACCUGUCAGACAAGGACAAAGAAAAAGGAUUUUUAAAAAAAAUGAAGAGGCCGGGUGCAGUGGCUCAUGCCUGUUAUCCCAGCACUUUGGGAGGCCAAGGCGGGCGAAUUGCCUGAGGUCAGGAGUUCAAGAUCAGCCUGGCCAACAUCGUGAACCCCUGUCUCUACUAAAAAUACAACAAACCCUGUCUCUACUAAAAAAAUUAGCCAGACGUGGUGGCAUAUGCCUGUAAUCCCAGCUACUCAGGAGGCUGAGGCAGGGGAAUUGCUUGAUCAAGGGAGGUGGAGGUUGCAGUGAGCCAAGAUUGCACCCACUGCACUCCAGCCUGGGCAACAGAGUAGGAUUCCAUCUCAAAAAUAAAUAAUUAAUUAAUUAACAAAGCCUCCAAGAAAGUUGAGAUUAUGUUAAAACAACCAAACUUAAGAAUAAUUGGUGUUCCUGAGGAAGAAGAGAAAUCUAAAAGUUUGGAAAACAUAUUUGAAGGAAUAAUCAUGGAAAACUUCCCUGGCCUCACUAGAGAUCUAGACACCCAAAUACAGGAAGCUCUAAGAACAACUGGGAAAUUCAUCACAAAAAGAUCAUCACCCAGGCACAUAGUCAUCAGGUUAUCUAAAGUCAAGAUGAAGGAAAGAAUCUUUUUUUCUUCUUUUUUUUUUUCUAAGACAGGGUUUUACCAUGUUGGCCAGGCUGGUCUUGAACUCCUGACCUUAGGUGAUCCGCCCACCUCAGCCACCCAAAGUGCUGAGAUUACAGGUGUGAGCCACUGCAGGAAAGAAUCUUAAGAGCUGUGAGGCAAAAGAAUCAGGUAACCUAUAAAAGAAAACCUAUCAGAUUAACAACAGAUUUCUCAGCAGAAACCUUACAGGCCAGAAGGGACUGGAUUUAUCUUUAGCCUCCUCAAACUAAAUAAUUGCCAGCCAAGGAUUUUGUAUCUAGCAAAACUAAGCUUCAUAAAUGAAGGGAAAAUAAAGUAUUUUUCAGACAAACAAAUGCUGAGAGAAUUCACCACUACCAUGCCAGCACUGUGGGUCAAGAUGGCCAGAGGGAGACCUAUGGUAAUGCUAGCUAAAUAAUUAUAGCUUGCUUGGCUGAGAGUACACAGAAGUUUAUACAAUGAACUAAACUAUAUUAUUGGUGCAGUUAAUUAGAAAUCAAGCGGCAAUAGGAGGCCUAAGGUAAAGACCAUCUGAGAGCUCAGUAACACCAGGGAACACCUCGGGGUGGUUGCAGAGCUGGCAAUACUGCUCUGGUCCCACGAAUGCCUUCAACAUGGAGACUGCAUGAGGGCCUCAUAAAGAGGGCUUAUGCAUAGAACUCUGAGAAGAGAGGCGACCUCUGCUCACAAAAUCUGGGAGGGUCUUUGCAGAUGGGAGCUGGCAAGGAGGAGAAAAGCCUUGCAGGGCAGAGAUCACAGAACGCCUCAGGCUCUGCCUAGGUUCUCGGAAUAUGGAGUGAUUUUAAUUGCUCUCUGUCCUCAAUGCUAGGGAGAUAAAAAGCCCCUUGAUGUAUUGGGUGUGGUCAGACCUGGUGGAUCCUCAUCAGCUAUACUUCUGAUGCAGCCGCACCCAAUUGCUCUCUGUCCUCAAUGCUAGGGAGAUAAAAAGCCCCUUGAUGUAUUGGGUGUGGUCAGACCCGGUGGCUCCUCAUCAGCUAUACUUCUGAUGCAGCCGCACCCUGAUAACAAUCUGAUAAACUCAGAGUACUAGUUUAGCAUGUUUUAGAAGGAUCUCAAAUGCUGUUAAAUGCUCAGAGCACUAAUUUAAAAUGUCUUAGAAGGAUUAUAAAUGCUCUCCCCUGAUAUCUUACCCCUUCAACCUCCCCAAUAAGAUUAUGAACACAAUAAAAGUGUUUAGAGCCCAACACAAUUCCCAUGCUUGCCCUGGUGCCCUGGACCCAUGCUGUAAAUUCUACUCUUGUGUCUCUGUCUUUAUUUCCUUUUCUCAAUACCUCCUCACUGCCAAUACUAAGGGCACCCACGUUUGGGGUUGGGGAUGGUACCCAAUAAGCACUACAAGAAUUGCUAAAAGGAGAUCUAAAUCUUGAAACAAAACCUUUAAAUACACCAAAAUAGAAACUCCUUAAAACAUAAAUCUCACGGGGCCUAUAAAACAAUAACACAACGAAAAAAGGUAUUCAGGCAACAGCCAGCAUUAUGAAUAAAACAGUACCUCAAAUCUCAGUACUAAUGUUGAAUGUAAAUGGCCUAAAUGCUCCACUUAAAAUAUUCGGAAUGGGCCGGGGGUGGUGGCUCACACCUGUAAUCCAAGCACUUUGGAGGCCAAGGCGGGCGGAUCACCUGAGGUCGGGGGUUCAAGACCAGCCUGACCAACAUGGUGAAACCCGUCUUAAAAAAAACUUUUUUCAGAAUGACAGAAUGGAUAAAAAUCCACCAAACAAGUAUCUGAUGUCUUCAAGAUACUCACCUAAUGCACAGGGACUCACAUAAAUCUAAAAGAAAGUGGUGGAAAAAGAGUUCAUGCAAAUGGAAACCAACAGUGAGCAGAAGUAGUUAUUCUUAUAUCAGUCAAACAAAUUUUAAAGAAAAAACAGUUUAAAAAGAUAAAGAGGGACAUUAAAUAAUGAUUUAAAAAAUAAGUCCAACAGGAAAAUACCACAAUCCUAAAUAUAUAUGCACCUAAAACAAGAGGUCCCAAAUUUAUAAAACAAUUAUUACUAGACAUAAGAAAUGAGAUAGAUGGCAACACGAUAAUAGUGGGGAACUUCAGUACUCCACUGACACCACUAGACAGGUCAUCAAAACAGAAAAUCAACAAAGAAACAGUGAAUUUAAGCUAUACUCUAGAACAAAUGGACUUAUCAGAUAUUUAUAGAACAUUCUACCCAACAACUGCAGAAUAUGCAUUCUUUUCAUCAGCACAUGGAACAUUCUUCAAGAUAGACCAUAUGAUAGGUCAUAAAACAAAUAUCAAUAAAUUUUUAAAAAUUGAAAUUAUAUCAAGUACUCUCUCAGACUACAGUGGAAUAAAAUUGGAAAUUAACUCCAAAAGGAACUCUCAAAACUAUACAAAUACAUGGAAAUUAAAUACAUGCUCCUGAAUGAUCUUUGGGUUAACAAUGAAAUCAAGAUGGCAAUUUAAAAAUUCUUUGAACUGAAUGGUAAUAGGGACACAACUUAUCAAAGCCUCUGGGAAACAGUAAAAGUGGUGCUAAGAGGAAAGCUAAUAGCAUUAAAUGCCUACAUCAAAAAGUCUGAAAAGCAUAAAUAAUAUAAGGUCACACUUCAAGAAACUGGAAAAACAAGAACAAACCAAACCCAGAUCCAGCAGAAGAAAAGAAAUAACAAAAGAUCAGAGCAGAGCUAAAUGAAUUUGAAACCAAAAAACAAUACAAAAGUUAAAUGAAACAAAAAGCUUGUUCUUUGAAAAGAUAAACAAAAUUGAUAGACCAUUAGCAAAGUUGACCAAGAAAAGAAAGAUCCAAAUAAGCUCAAUUAGAAGUGAAACAGAAGGGGAAGGUGGAGGCGGAGGAGGGCAGGCAGUUGCAUCCUAGCGAGUGGGGAGUGCGAGACCUCCUCCGCUCCAGCUAGCUGGGUGAAUGGCGCGCUCACGGCCCCGUAACGCCGAGCGUGGAUAAAAUAUGCUAGGACUGCGCUUCUCGGGCUCAUCAAGGCUGCGGGAGCCUCCCCGAGCCAUCAUCCUUCGUAAUUGCAACCGUCAAUCAACACUUUAAGACAAAGUCAGAACCGGGAAGAGCGAGCUCUGGAGACCCGUCUCGUCGGAAAGAAAAAGAUGGAGGGGAGGUGGGGGGAAAGGAGAGAAGUUUGCCAGAAGUUGGCAGAGGGAGUGCAGAGAAAUUGAGAAGGCGCAAGGUAGUUGAAUAGAGCUGUAUCCCCGACCCCACCACCGACUCCCAGGCCUCCCUGGUUCUAGUCUCUGGUCUCCGCCACCAGUUACAGUUCCCGCAGCGGUGCUGGGCUUCAGGACCGACACGGACCCCCCAUCCCCGCCCGCGGCCGCCUUGUCAUGCUGCCCAAAGUGGAGACGGAAGCCCUGGGACUGGCUCGAUCGCAUGGGGAACAGGGCCAGAUGCCGGAAAACAUGCAAGUGUCUCAAUUUAAAAUGGUGAAUUACUCCUAUGAUGAAGAUCUGGAAGAGCUUUGUCCCGUAUGUGGAGAUAAAGUGUCUGGGUACCAUUAUGGGCUCCUCACCUGUGAAAGCUGCAAGGGAUUUUUUAAGCGAACAGUCCAAAAUAAUAAAAGGUACACAUGUAUAGAAAACCAGAACUGCCAAAUUGACAAAACACAGAGAAAGCGUUGUCCUUACUGUCGUUUUCAAAAAUGUCUAAGUGUUGGAAUGAAGCUAGAAGCUGUAAGGGCCGACCGAAUGCGUGGAGGAAGGAAUAAGUUCGGGCCAAUGUACAAGAGAGACAGGGCCUUGAAGCAACAGAAAAAAGCCCUCAUCCGAGCCAAUGGACUUAAGCUAGAAGCCAUGUCUCAGGUGAUCCAGGCUAUGCCCUCUGACCUGACCAUUUCCUCUGCAAUUCAGAACAUCCAUUCUGCCUCCAAAGGCCUACCUCUGAACCAUGCUGCCUUGCCUCCUACAGACUACGACAGAAGUCCCUUUGUCACAUCCCCCAUUAGCAUGACAAUGCCCCCUCACGGCAGCCUGCAAGGUUACCAAACAUAUGGCCACUUUCCUAGCCGGGCCAUCAAGUCUGAGUACCCAGACCCCUAUACCAGCUCACCCGAGUCCAUAAUGGGCUAUUCGUAUAUGGAUAGUUACCAGACAAGCUCUCCAGCAAGCAUCCCACAUCUGAUACUGGAACUCUUGAAGUGUGAGCCAGAUGAGCCUCAAGUCCAGGCUAAAAUCAUGGCCUAUUUGCAGCAAGAGCAGGCUAACCGAAGCAAGCACGAAAAGCUGAGCACCUUUGGGCUUAUGUGCAAAAUGGCAGAUCAAACUCUAUUCUCCAUUGUGGAGUGGGCCAGGAGUAGUAUCUUCUUCAGAGAACUUAAGGUAUGUCACCACCUAUUACAACUUACAGUACCCCUUUUAAGAGAGACCUAUGUUCCUAAUUAAUACAUGUUUGGUGCUGAAAAUGUGUUUUCCUUCAUUUUCUACUUUGUAUGAUUUACAGAGUAGACGUAAUUUUACUGCCUUGACUUCAGGACUCUGGGAGCUUAACUUUAUGGGGCUUUGAUUCUGGGUAGCUCUUAAUUGGCGGGGGAUGGCAUUUAACAUAAAUAUAGGAAACUUGGGCUUUUUUUCUAAAUACUAGAACAUCUGUAUUCCUUUUAAUUCAGAUGGUUCGUGGCUUAACAAAUUUACAGUCAAUGUGAAAUAGCACCUCGUAAACUAUUUUUCUUGAAAGUUA